AACAGCUCAUCCUACUCUCCACAUCAUGUCCCCUCCUCGCUGGCCACUCUCGCUGCAUGUUUUUUAAAUUCACAUCACCAACCACCAGACGUCGUUUCCUUUUGCCUGGGAGAUGAUGGACAGCAGGAUACUGGAUCCACCUCAUGCCCAGUUCGGAGGCUCGCUCGGUGGGAUGGUGAGCUUUCCGUACCAUCUAAGCCACCAUCAUGUGUACGAAUUAGCCGGUCAUCAACUUCAAUCUACGGCCGCGGUUCCUUUCUCAAUAGACGGAUUACUUAACGGCUCCUGCACGGCUUCUGUGGUGAAUUCUAACCCUCUCUUGUCGUCUGGCUGCGGUAUGAAUGGAGAUAACCAGCAGUACAAACUGACAGAUUCGGGGGACCCAGAAAAGGAUAGCCCGGGUUGUAAAAGAAGACGAACUCGUACCAAUUUCACUGGCUGGCAGCUGGAAGAAUUAGAGAAGGCUUUUAAUGAAAGUCACUAUCCAGAUGUGUUCAUGAGGGAAGCACUUGCUCUGAGAUUGGAUUUGAUAGAAUCGAGAGUGCAGGUAUGGUUUCAAAACCGAAGAGCGAAAUGGAGAAAAAAGGAAAACACGAAGAAGGGGCCGGGGCGACCUGCUCACAACUCCCAUCCGACGACCUGCAGUGGCGAGCCAAUGGACCCAGAGGAAAUUGCGCGCAGAGAACUGGAGCGGCUGGAGAAAAAGAAAAGGAAACAAGAAAGACGGCUUUUAAAGUCCCAGAACAAACUCCUUCCCGGGGACCUAUUUCACACCCCAGGAUCUGACAGUGACAGUGGCUUGUCACAAAUAACGGACAGUGAACAAAGCAUCCAUUGCGACAUGGGCCGAAACCAAACGCAACCAAGCUGUGACCAAACCCCACAGAAACUCCAGAACCAAAGAACCGCCGACCAAGACGCGAGUGGAUCCGAGCUGGACUCGUCCGACAGCGGUCAGCAGUCAAACCUGUGCUCCAACAGUAGGUCUUCCACUCUUCAAAAACUCAAUCCCUUCAGUGUGGAAAGCCUUCUGUCGGACUCCAGGCCGAGGCGCAAGCCACCUAUGGACUUCCCAGUACCGGCUCCGCGGCCUUUGAUAGGGAAAGGACAUUUUUUACUGUACCCUAUUACACAGCCUCUCGGUUUCAUUGUUCCACAGACUGCUUUGAAGAGCACAGCACCAGGCCCUGAUGCUGAAAAUGGCCAGAAAGGGCCAGCUGCUGACAGUACCUUUGCUGGAAACCCAGGACACAGGAACGCCAAGGAGAACAACAGUGUAAACAACAGCGGCGCCCGAGCAAUCAAAGGCCAGGUCAGUCAGUCGGGCAACAUAACGUGUUCACCACAGAGCAGUUCACCACAGACUACCACCAUUAACGGUCACUCGGCGGGCAGCUGUAACGAAAGAUGCCCACAAGAAAUAGAGUUAGACCCCGUCGAUCCAAAGUCUCCACAGUCGGAGAAAAAGGAGCAGUCGUUACCUGACUAUCCACCUCAAAAUUCAGAAUCAGCGACAAGCAACAAGGACACCGACAAAGACUCAGUUGACGUCGAUAUGGAAUAAAUGAAAUCGUAGUAGAAACAGAGGAGCGUGUCGAUAUUGCACGGCCGCAGAUUAAGCGAAGAGGGAAAAAAGUCGACCUAUCGAAACGUAUCGUUUUCAUUGACAUAUUUAUAUUCUGAUUAGGGGAAAUAUCUGUGUGAAUAAUUUGUGUAUGUGUGUGGUGGGCUAUCAAAUGUUUAUUGAACAAAUAGCAGCAGCAGCUCCCUGUAUAAGAAACUGUAAAAAAAAGAAAAUCAAAACAAGACAAAACCUCAAACGUUGUACAAAGU